ACUUUUCUCAUACCCUCUAGCCGUAAAGGAGGUUUCUGGGUCUUCUUAUUCGGCUAAACCUAUGUUUUGCUUCUCGUUAAACCCUCUAUACUCACUCACUCACUCGUCUCUUGAAAGCUGGGCUUUUCACUUCAGAAUUUCGUUAAAAAUAAAAGCUUUGAUUUUUUUAGUUGAAAUCUGCUUCAGUCGAUCGUGUUAAACCUUUGAGAUAAAUCGGCGGUUUGGAACAGGACAAUCAGGAAGAUGCGGAUGCUAUUAAGACCAGGAAUUAUAUUCCAUACAGAUAUAAAAUCAUCUCGUGUUGUCGCAGUUUGUAAGCACUUAUCAUCUUUGUCUGAUAAUGGCGAAAAUCAUGAGAAACCAUAUACAUUUGAGGGUAAUAGGCAAAUUGUUAAUGAUAUUUGCAAUGUUUUGGAGACUGGUGCUUGGGGUCCUUCAGCUGAGAAUGCUCUAUCUGCUCUAAACUUUAAACCACAACCAGAAUUUGUCAUUGGGGUUUUACGGAGGCUGAAAGAUGUUAAUCGGGCGAUUGAGUAUUUCCGUUGGUAUGAGAGAAGAACCGAGCUGCCUCAUUGUCCCGAAUCAUACAACUCCUUGCUUUUAGUGAUGGCUCGUUGUAGGAAUUUUGAUGCUUUGGACCAGAUUCUUGGAGAAAUGAGUGUUGCAGGAUUUGGCCCUUCUGUUAACACUUGUAUUGAGAUGGUUUUGAGCUGCGUUAAGGCUAAUAAGCUUAGGGAAGGUUUUGAUGUUGUGCAGAAUAUGAGGAAGUUCAAGUUCCGACCUGCUUUUUCAGCUUACACAACUCUUAUCGGUGCUUUCUCAGCAGUUAAUCAUUCUGAUAUGAUGUUGACACUCUUUCAGCAAAUGCAGGAGUUAGGAUAUGAGCCAACCGUUCAUCUUUUUACAACAUUGAUUCGGAGCUUUGCCAAAGAGGGUCGAGUUGAUUCUGCUCUAUCUUUGCUUGAUGAGAUGAAGAGCAGCUCUCUUGAUGCCGACAUUGUUCUUUACAAUGUAUGUAUAGAUAGCUUUGGUAAAGUGGGCAAGGUUGAUAUGGCAUGGAAAUUUUUUCAUGAGAUUGAAGCGAAUGGUUUAAAGCCUGAUGAAGUCACUUAUACCAGCAUGAUAGGAGUUCUGUGCAAGGCAAAUAGAUUGGAUGAAGCUGUAGAGAUGUUUGAGCAUUUAGAGAAGAAUAGACGGGUCCCUUGCACUUAUGCUUACAACACGAUGAUUAUGGGUUAUGGUUCGGCUGGAAAGUUUGAUGAAGCAUACAGUCUCCCAGAGAGACAAAGGGCAAACAGAUUGGAUGAAGCUGUAGAGAUGUUUGAGCAUUUAGAGAAGAGUAGACGGGUUCCAUGCACUGAUGCUUACAACACGAUGAUUAUGGGUUAUGGUUCGGCUGGAAAGUUUGAUGAAGCAUACAGUCUCCCAGAGAUACAAAGGGCAAAGGGGUCUAUACCGAGUGUGAUCACAUAUAAUUGCAUUCUUACAUGCUUAAGGAAAAUGGGAAAAGUUGUCGAAGCUUUGAAAGUAUUCGAGGAGACGAAUAAAGACCUUUAUAAAAAGAACUCAAGUAUAGAUAAUUUGAAUCUAUCAUUUUUAUGUUAUGAUACACAAGAUUUAAAAAGACUCGGUGGAGGGAAUACCGAAGACUCGGAUCUGAACUUCUUACUGUCUCAUGUCAUUGAGAAACACAAUUUAAGAUAUGGAAACCGAGUAAAUAGUUGUUGAAAACUCAGUUGAUUUUUGAAUUACAAAACAUCUAUUUUACUGUAAAGUUAGCAAGAUGUGAUCACCCCACUAAAAAGCAUACCAAACACUAAAGAAAAUCAAUAAAUUAAGUUGGUCAUCACUCGAAUGGCUCCGUUAAGAGUCACUCCACCAGCAACUUCGAUCUUGGCAAUAAUUUUGUUAGCUUCUUCCUUUGAGACAUUUUAUUUAAUCACGGACGGGACAUUGGCCAGAACACCAGACCCAAGUCGGGCAAUGAUAUGAUCACUAUUUCUGUC